AUGACACAGAAAGUCUCGAAGUUCUCAAAGUUGCUCGACUUCUUGGAUAAGACUGCUGUAGAACCGCAGCAAAUUCACCGCGAGGGUUCAGGCAGAGGACACUCUGAUACAGGAGUGGGCAAAAACGUCGACCGGGAGCUUCCCGAUGUGCUUUCGUCUCACCCGCCGAUCGGUGCAGACUCGAAGACGGCGGUUUUACGGCAGAAAGUCGCCGCCCUCGAGCUGGUGAUAGAGGAGAAACACCAGAGCGUGCUAGCACUCAAAAAGCUCCUGGACCAGCAAGAAGAAGCAAAGCGACAACUGAAAGAGCAACUUCAGAAAGGAUUCAAAGCAGAAAUCGCCAAAUAUGAAGAGGCUGUGGAACGUCAGCUUAACAUGGUGGACAAACUCCUGGCCGACAAAAAUGAAUUAACGAAGAAAUGCGAUGGUCUGGCGGAGGAGAUGAAGCAAGCGGAGGCCAGGUUCCAGCUGAAGCUAGAGGAGCAGGAAAAACGCUUUGAAAGAGAAGCCGAACGCCAGAAACGGCAGUCCAUAAGCGCAGAGAAGGCUCGGAGAGAAGCAUGGCAACGGGACAAGACGCAAGAGAUCAAAGAAAUCACGAUUAAAGGACUGGAACCAGAAAUCCAGCGUCUGAUGGAUCGGCAUCAGCAAGAGAAGAGGAGAAUCGAAGAAAAAAUUAGGCGCGCACUAGAAGAGUUUCAGAAGGACGCCCAGGGGAGAAUACAGAGGAUCAAAGAACAGAUGACCCGCGAGCACGAUGACGACCUCGAACGAGAAAGGGCGCAUCAUCGACGACUGAUGCGCGAGCAACAUGAACAGUUCGAGAAAGAACUCAGAGAAGAAAGAGAAAAUCACCUCGCGGACACAGUGAAGACAGAACAAAGAUGGGAAAACCAGAAACGGAGAGACGCCGCUCUUUUUGAAGAAAAGGUCACGGCAGCGAUUGAGCAGGAAAAGAACCGAGCUAAAGAGCACCUCGAGCAAGUGGCACGAGAUGUUGACGCCCUUCGACAGCAGCAUGCAGCAGAGCUGCAAAGGCUGCGCGACGAAGUCGAGUCCAAAGAGGCAGAGUGGCGAGAAAAGCUGGCUCAUGAGGUCGAAGUUGAAACACAAAAAAGGCUGGAAAUGGUCAAGGAGGAGUUGUUGGAGGAACGCGACAGAAAGCUGGAUGAAGUCAUCGAGAAGAUGGGACGAGAGCAAUUACUAAUUCAGCAACAACAUCGACAGAGAAUCGACGAAGUGGAACGCAGUACACGCGCAGAAGCAUCUGCUCAGCUGAAGUCCGCCUCGGAAGAGAACGCGAAACUCGUCGAAACUCUGAAACUGAAAGACUUCGAGGCUGCGGCUGCAGAAAAACGCCUCGCGGCUCUCGAAGUCAUCAACACGGAGAAACAACAAAGAAUCCUCGAGUACGAAGCCGAGAUUGAAGAGCGAAGAAAACAGAACCAGGCGUUGCUUGAAGAGAAGGAAGAAGAGGCUCAGAAGUGGAAGUCUGUUAUUCAAGAUCGAGAGGCGGUAGGCAUCGAAGAGAGGGGCACCGUGCUCAUCAAACGGCCGCGAUGUUUUCGCCUCAGGCGAGCUGAGUGGUCCAUGCAUCGUCCUGUACUGCGGAAGACGCUUACUCCCCGCGCUUCCUUCAACUAG